UCCAUCUCUGCUCUUCCUACCAGGACCCCCACGGCUGCACACUUCUCACCUGCCCUUCCUGAACAAGCGGGCCUGGUUUGGAGCUCACAAAGUUGCCAGAGGGUGAAUCUCCCCCAGAAGAGGUGAUCUCUGUCUGAAGAGGUGACCACCCAGAACGUCCCUGUAACGUGACCACAGUCCUUCCUUUUGCUUCAGGAAGCUGGUCACACCACUGUUCUGCAACAUGGCAGCAUACCCACUGUCCCCUGAGGACCUGUCCUCUGUAUCCUCUGGGUUAUUUGAGACAGGGGCUACAAGUAUUGAGAAGGACGUGAUGGAUGGUAAUCUCCCGAAUGUGAUUGCUAAAGCCAAGAAGACUUGGAAGAACAUGAACAAUAAUGUCACAUUGAACAUUGCUGUGACAGGGGCCUCCGGCAAUGGCCUGUCUACCUUCAUCAAUGCUCUCCGCAAUGUUGGGCAUGACGAGGAGACCUCGGCUCCAACCGGGGUAGUGAGAACCACCUUCACACGUGCUUCCUAUUCAGCCUCCUGUUUUCCGAAUGUCGUGCUGUGGGACCUGCCUGGCAUGGGUGCUUCUGCCCAGAGCCUGGAGAACUACAUGGCGGAAAUGCAUUUCAGCCAGUAUGACUUCGUCAUUAUUGUGGCGUCUGAGCAGUUCAGCAUGAAUCAUGCAGUGCUUGCCAAAACCAUCCAGAAGUUAGGAAAGAAGUUCUACAUUGUCUGGAACAAACUGGACAUGGACCUGAGCAAAAAUGUACUCAGCAAGGAGAAGGCCGUGAAGAUGAUCCGAGAGUAUAUCCUUGAAACACUCUGGAUGGAGCAGGUGAAUGAGCCCCCCAUCUUCCUGGUCUCCAGCUUUGAUCUGUCCCUGCAUGGCUUCCGAGAACUCAAGCAAACAUUAAAAAAGGACCUCCUCCUUAUCAGGUACCAGGAUCCGCUCCAGAAUCUGCUCCAUACCUGUGAGGCAAUCAUUAACGACAAGCAGACUUUCCUGCAGAAGAAAGUUGACACACUGUCUUUCCAGGACAUUCAUGGCAUUGAAGAUCCAGACAAUUCAGAAGCGUGUCUGAAAGUGUACAAAGUGCACUUUGGUGUGGAUGAUGAAUCUAUCCUUCGUGUGGCACAGAUAAUGGAGUCUGAUGUCCUGGAUUACACAGCAAACAUGAAAUCCCAGGACCUGCAGACUCUCAGCAAUGUAGAUUGGCUGAUUUAUUGUAUGAAUUUUAAUACAACUUCUUACUUAUCUACUAUUUUUAGCUAUAUACCAGUCUUCGGUGUUCCUAUUACCAACUACAUCAGAUGGAUGAAGCACAGAUACUUCCUUGAAGUAGUUGCGAAGGACACUAAGACUAUCUUGCGGAAAAUCCUGAAAGAUUCCAUCAACUGAAGAGCUUAUUUUGCACAGGAAUUGUGUGUGUGUGUGUGUGUGUGUGUGUAAGCAAGGAACUCUCGGUCCUCUUCUGAGCCACGUGCGCUUUCUGCUCUUUCGGAUUUAUCAGCCCUUCCCCUUCCAUAGGAUUAGACAUCUUGAGAUUAAUAGAAUAAUUUCUUCAUUUUGUGCCCAAGCACCAUAACAUGUUGCACUCCUUAGCAUUUGUUUAUUUCUGAACUAAAUGAGCUGGCUCUUAAUAGGAGUGAAAAUAUCUUUCUGUUUCCAUAGCAUUACAUAUAUCCCAAUUCCAUAGAAUUACAUCAUCUCUCUUCAUUUGAAGGCUCUUUGUUUUCCAGCUGACUCGUCAGUUCUGGUUCUGGACUUGCAGAGACCCACCUGGUUCAGAGGGGAGGCCUCCAGGUGGGGCCGGCUGCUUCGAAGUGUGGUUUUCAUCAUCCUCUGCAGAGCAUUGUGGUGGAGGUUCCAAGUUCUCAAGCUGCGCUGGCUUCCUGUGAAGCUCUCGCUUUAGUAUUUCCUGAAGAAGAUGCUCGAAACAAUAAGGGGCAUAUCGUGCCAUUGUUCACACCAUAUGAAACUAUUAAAUAGAAGAGCAAACGCAACUACUUCUAGGAAAAAUGAAAAUACGUUCUCUUCAAAGUCAAUUCUUCAUUACAUCCUCUCAUGCGGUCCUUACACAUACAUGUUAUGGCAUGCUUGAAUUUCUUGUGAUCACUACCUGCAUGUGCCUGUAGCUUCACUAUGCACCCUCACCAUGAACUCCGUCUCCUACACUCAUUGUCUCUCUCUAUUUUAUCCAACUUAUCCUUCUCUCUUCCCAUUCACUGACAAGUUGUCCUUUCUCUCACUCUUUCCAAAAGAUCACCAAGUCCUGCUAAUUCAACAUCACUGUGUCUCAGUGGAACCCUGGACUUACUUCUUGCUUACAAGUCCACAUACCUAUCCCCUAGGUUGGCUUCUUCACUACCCUCACUAGUGGUUUCUCCCAUAACUCCUGGGUGGGUGCUCUGACUUCCUCUGCAAACCACAACUAUUACUGCUUCAUCAAAUGCAUCAGACUGUUUCAUGCCUACGGACCCUUGUUCAAACCCAUCCCCCUACUCUAAGUAUGUGCUCAGCACAGCAAAGGGUAAAUAUUGCUCCAUUCACUUUUCCUGCCCAUGAUGGCAUGAAAGAACGAAACACAGAUCGCAGUACCCCCAUUUCAAUAUUUGUGGACAAAUUAAAAAUAAGAACCUUCUCAGGGGUACUGGGAUGAUUUAUCACAGUUGCAAUGCUCAUGGAUGUCACCAUCAAGAAAUCAAAUGAUGUCUCUCAUUGGGCAAAUACACUGCCUAAGCUAUAUUUAAAGUGUUAAAGAGCAAAGAUCUUACAUUGAGAACAAAUAUGUGCCUGACCCAAAUGCUGUG